AUGGCAGACAGCUAUGCACAAAUUCCCUCUGGCGCUCUCGUCCAGCCAAAACCUUUCAAAGUGUCAAUUGAAGAUGAAAAGGUUGAUGAGCUCAAGCUGCUUAUCAAACUUGGCAAGAUCGCACCGCCUACCUAUGAGUCUACGCAGAAGGAGAAGAAUUUUGGCAUCACUCAUCAAUGGCUCACAGAUGCUAAAGCUGCUUGGAUGAAGUUCGACUGGCGAGCUGCCGAAAAGCAUAUCAAUUCAUACAACCACUGGAUAGUGCCUAUCCAUGAUACAAAAGGCGUCUUUGAUAUGCACUUCACUGGCAUCUUCUCAAAAAAGCCAGACGCUGUCCCUUUGGUGAUGGUUCACGGCUGGCCAGGUAGUUUCCUAGAGUUUCUCCAGAUCUUGUCGAUUCUGAAGAAUCGCUACACUCCCGAAACGCUCCCGUACCAUGUUAUCGUUCCAUCCUUGCCAGGGUUCGCCUUUUCAAGUAAGCCACCAAUGGACAGAGACUUUGGUGCUGAGGAUUUUACACGCGUGAUCAACACUCUCAUGGUCCAGCUGGGCUUUGGAAGUGGUUAUGUCGCCCAGGGCGGUGACCUCGGGAGCAUUGUAGCUCGUCAGCUCGUUACAAACUAUGAAGAAUGCAAAGCCAUGCAUAUUAACCUGUGCAUGAUUCCUGAACCAGCCGAUGUCACAGGCGAAAUAACAGAAGCCGAAAAGAAAGCCCUUGCACGUGGCGAAGAAUUCGUGAAGCGAGGCUCAGCAUACGCCAUGGCCCAUGCCACCAAGCCAAGCACAAUCGGUCUCGUCCUUUCAUCGUCGCCCUUGGCACUCUUGACUUGGAUCGGCGAGAAAUUUCGCGACUGGACAGACGAAGAGCCUCCUAUCGAUGAAAUUCUAACCUCUGUCUCACUCUAUUGGCUCACUGACACGUUUCCAACAUCGAUCUAUGCAUACCGCCAAAUUCCUGCAUUUAGUAGUGUCCCUGCCAGACCGGAACCAAAGAUCACCAAGCCGUUUGGCUACAGCUGGUUUCCACAAGAAAUUGCGCCUAAGCCCGUCGCCUGGGCCGCGACUCUCGGAAAUUUAGUGUAUCACAAGAGGCACGAGCGUGGUGGCCAUUUUGCUGCCCUAGAGAGACCAGAGGAGUUGCUGGAGGCUGUGGACGAAUUUGUGAAACAAAUUUCUGCUGAUGGAAGUUUGAAGAUUUGA